AUGAUUUGACGUUUUAUCAACAUAACCUCAAAUUGUUAUUACAAAGCACUUCUGAAAUAAAGUUAUCCACCGGUGAAGAAUCAUGGAUUGUUUAAUAGGUAUUAAAUUCAACGAUUUUGCAAUUGUUGCGGCCGACAUGACCAACGCUCAUAGCAUAAUCGUUAUGAAAACAGAUGAAAAUAAGCUGUACAAGCUGUCCAACAAAUUGGCAAUGGCUAUAUCCGGAGAACAGGGCGAUACAAUUCAGUUCGCCGAGUAUAUUGCAAAAAAUGUGCAGUUGUAUAAGAUGCGAAACAACUAUGAACUGAGCCCCAAGGAAGCUUCUCAUUUCACGCGCCGCAUUUUGGCGGAUAAUUUGCGAACUAGGACACCGUAUCAUGUUAAUUUGCUGUUGGCGGGGUAUGACAAUCAAGAUGGUCCACAGUUGUAUUACAUGGAUUAUUUGGCGUCUGUGGCUAGCGUAGACUAUGCCGCUCAUGGUUAUGGUGGUUACUUCUCACUGUCCAUCAUGGAUCGUCAUUAUUUACCGACCAUGACCCGCGAGCAGGGCUAUGACUUGUUAAAGAAAUGUGUGAAAGAAGUUCACAAGAGACUCAUUGUCAAUCUGCCAAACUUCAAAGUGCAGGUUGUGGAUAAGGAUGGUGUUCACGAUAUGCCUACAAUUACCAUUGAUAGCUUGAAAAACGAGUAAUUGUGUUUAAUAAUAUAUUUUUUAAUAAAA